CGAGUGAGUCCCCCUCCCCGACCCCGACGCUCGAGAGCCCCGAGCGCCCCGAGUGCCCCGAGUGAUUCUUUGGCAACCAGCACGGGGACGUGCAAUCAUCCCCACACAUGCACAGGCCCGAAGCAUCCGGAACGACCGUGCGAAGAAAAUCGACCUCGCGCCUCGUGUACUGUUGGGAUGGACGAAGUGACGGUACGAAGGUCGAUGACGGGAUCCCGAUCCGGUGAUGAAACAGCGAUAGAAGAUGAGGAUCAUCCGACCUGUCCCGACUGCAUCAGUCGCGACAGAGCACCGGAUAUGGACAAAAGGGAUACCGAUCGGAGAAGCACUGAAGAGGAUGCCGUGUCUGGAGAUGAAAAAGGAAGAGCGUGUCCUUGCGCCACGUGUUGUACUCCACAGUGUGACAUGUGUCACACGGAGGAUUCCGCCCGGUCAUCUAGGCGGGAGGAGGCGGCCGAAUUGCAACCGCUCAUCACUCCGCCGAUUGAGCGCAAGUAUGUGCAUAGAGUGUAUGAUACAAUUGCUCCUCACUUCAGCUCAACACGUUUUGCGAAAUGGCCGAAGGUUGCGCAGUUUCUGGAGUCCCUUCCUGUUGGUUCCAUUCUUGCAGACUCUGGAUGUGGAAACGGGAAGUAUCUUGGGUUCAAUCAAGGGGUUUUCCACCUGGCUAGUGACAUAAGCCCCCGCUUGGUGAAGAUAUGCAGCUCCAGGGGUUAUGAUGUAGCAAUUGCAGAUUCUCUAUGCCUACCGUACCGAGAUGAUGUGUGUGAUGGGGCUAUUUGCAUUGCUGUUCUGCACCAUAUGAGCACGGAAGCGCGGCGCAGGCAAGCUAUUCUGGAACUGGUACGUGUUCUGAAACCUGGCGGGAAAGCUCUUAUCACAGUCUGGGCACUGGAGCAGGAGGAUCCUGGGCUCAUCUCCAAGUGGACGCCGCUCAUCAAGGAAGAACAAUGGCUCGAGUCAAAUCCGGAAGUCGUUCAUCACAGGCAAUAUUUGGCAGGUUCUGAUGUCAGACACCGUAGUGAGAGGCCUGUCAUAGCAGGCAGCCAUUGUGAUAAAAAGCCGGCAGAGGAGGCGACAGCAGCAGGGCGUGAGCGGUCGCCGAGGCGGGAACAUGAAACCCUGCAGAGGGGAAGCCACGACAAGCAGCAGGGCAGAGACGAGAAAGACGGCAAAGAAGGCGAAUGUGAGACAGAGGACAUGACAAGAUCGAAUGGACAGAGGUCAGGAGGACUUGGAGGCGAAGCAAAGCCAGUGGAGUACUUUGUUCCUUGGCAUCUUCCUUAUCACAGAGCAGAGAUCGCCAGUGCAUUAUCAAUGGGGGAAGAAGAGAGCCUUGGUCGGCGAAAUGAUAAGAAGGGCGCUGUUGUUUACGAUCGCUACUACCAUCUUUUCGUCAAAGGAGAGCUCGAAAGUCUGGUUCGCCAGGUUCCGGAGGCCACAGUAGUGGACAGCUUCUUCGACAAAUCGAACUGUUGUAUCCAUCAGCUAGACGAGUACCAGUCAGUUGUGAAGAGUGUCGCAGAUCUAGCAGGUGCAAAAGGAGGACCAGCGGCGUACCGGGUGCACAAGAUGGACCAGGUGCAUAUGCCGACUUACCAGGUGCACAAGGUGGACCAGGUGCAAACGCCGGUCGAGGAGGAAAAGGCAAAGCUGAUGCAAAAGUGGGGUUUUAGCAGAGGCGUGCUAGGUGGGAGGUACACAUGUUGAGGUGCACCUGGUGGAGGAGCAAACUUUGUGUACCAGGUGCAAACUUUGGACCAGGUGCAGGUAGAUUUUGUGGACCAGGUGCAAACUUUUGACCAGGUGCAGCAAGUGGACCAAAGUGGCAAGUGCAGUACUUGCAGGAGCACCAAGUGCUGCUACAGCGGGUGUGCGACCAUCUUCACCCAAAUGGAAUGGCCAGUCAUGAUAGCUGUAUUUGAUGCAACUUUCAGUCCAGAUAUGGCAAUAAAGUACCGGGCAUUCUAUUUGGGUGAAGGCGGUAGGUGGGAGAUGCAACAUGUGGGAGUAGAUCAGGUAGAGUCGAAAGACUCGAAAAGGAAGGACUGGAAAGUGUUGUUGUUUUUUUGCCCCUCUUUGCAGAUUGAAAUCAACAAAAUUCCUGAUG